CAAAGGUGAACCAGUGAGAAAGGAAACAAACACUGAUUUAACUGUUGUUGUAGGGGUAUCAGUUUCAGUAACACUGCUUGUUGUUGUCAUAGUGAUCCUACUGGUUCUAGUCAAACGGAAGAAAAUUAUUUGCUGUACUGGUGGGAAACAAUCAACUGAGGUAGCUGAUCAAAUGCAAAGAAAGAAUAGAAGCCGUAAUUCGAAUUUAAACAGUUCAUACGUUUAUGUUGAUGAUGAAUGUAUAGAUGCAUCUUUCAAAGGAAAUUAUGAUUCACCUGAUAACACUUACAACAUGCCUGACCAAGAUGGAAACACUAAAAAAGCAGCAUAUGACAUCGCUGGUAACGAUAGACAAGCAUUAAAAAAGAAACAAGACAAUACAUAUAAUAAACUUCAAUCUGAAAACACUCCUAUCUACGAUCUUACAAAUGAUAAAUCUAAAACUGAAAUGCGAGAAUUUGAUGAUACAUACAACACAACGGAAGAGGCAUCAAUGAAUUGCGUGAUUAAAUUUGGCAAGCAUGCAAUUGGUAUUAACACCAUUGAAGAAAGCCCUUACAAUCAUACCAACUCUGAUCCGUUUAAAAAAAAACAAGUUGACAAUGUCUAUAACACUGCUAGCUUUCAGUAAAAUAUUUGAAUAGGAACAAGCGCAAUUUAUAAACUAACACAAAAAGCAUUUAAUUUAUGAAAUAUAUUAUAUAUUGUUAUGCAUUAUUUAUAGCUAUAAUUGAGACAAUGCUUAGAGUUAUGUCGACCCAUAUUUUAUCAUUUGUUCAUGUAAGGAAAAUUCUGUCUAUGCUAUGAGGCCGUUUAACACAACGUCGAGGAAUGAACGUAAAAAUAUCAUACUCUCUUUGUGACAUUGAUUACAAAAGCAUUAUUGAAGACAUGCUUAUUUCUUAAAUAUCUGAAAAAAGUGAUCCAUCGGAAGCCCUUAAAACAGGAAAAUUACAUGAAAAUUGGAGACUCGGUUUGGUUGAGUCUGUACAUGAGGGAUAAUGAAAGAGUGCAACUUCCCUCACUUCCACCUAGCGCAGACUUUAGCGGUACUCAAUUCUCAACACUAAAAAGUGCCGGACUCAAUGAUCCCGAAGGACCAGAAAAAUAUAACAACACUGAAGUAAAGUACGGGGUAACUUUUUUCUGCUGCCACACAGCAUUUGACACCUGCUGUUGUGAUGUAUAAAUACCUGGAAAAAUGUAAUCCCUCGGAAGCAUUUAAAACAUUCUUAAAGCACGAUGGUAAAAAUGAAAACCAAUUUGUAUGUGCAAUGUUGGCCCAAUGAGUGUAUUUUAUAAAUACUAUUCAUAGUAACAGACUAGUUUAUUAAAUUAUUUCAAAUGCAUAAA